AUGUCCCAAGUUCAACAGUACUGGCUGCCAGGAUAUGGACUUUCCCGCCAGAUUGUAUUAGGCCAGAUCCAAUACUUCCUGGGACCUUCCGCAACUGUUCGGCCUUACACUUACCAGGGGCGCGAAGGUUAUCUGAUUGUCGGCGUACCUCUGACACGGGAACAAAUAAACGACCUCGCAGUCAUGUCGCGAGAAUACGAACGACAAGAGACUCUCCGGAUGGCCGGCGAUCCCAAUUCACAGGCAGAACCGUACAUCAAUGAGAUUAUUCCAGUUCGGCUCACCACGGGUCCUCCACGCAGACGACCCGGUGAAUAUGGGUCGGGGCGAGGGCGUUGA